AAAGCCGUGGUUCCGGUAAAUUCACGUACUUCCGGUCUGCAGCGUUUGCAGUCAGUUGAGCUCACCGCUCAGAAAUGUCGGAACUUUAGCGUCUCGAGUGCGAUUCGAGGUUCUCUGACCACUCACGGCAGACUUGCUUGACUUGUUUCCCUCGCUACGUGUGGCUAGUAACGGCUAAAGUAAGCUAAGAGAGGCUAAGCGUGUUAGCCAACGAGCUCGCGUUUGACGGAAUCCGCUCGUCCGUUCCCGUCGUUUGGUGAAAACCUAGGGAAGAAAUCUCUAGUAUGGGAUCCAAUGGGCACAGCCAAUAACAGACCAAAGACAGGAAGAGGAGCGCAACUUUAUGCCAUGCUAACCUAGAAUCGUCCGGACGCCGUGACGUUACACCCCCGCCAUUGAGAUGUCUGAGAACCAGGCCAACAACAACAACAUCCCGCUCAACAAUAACAACAUGGGGCCUAACAGGAUCCGGAACCCCAACAUCAACCAGAACCCCCUCAUCAAUGUUCGAGACCGCCUCUUCCAUGCACUCUUCUUCAAGAUGGCCGUCACUUAUGCCCGCCUCUUCCCUCCGUCCUUCAGGAGGGUCUUUGAAUUCUUCGUGCUGCUCAAGGCGCUCUUCGUCCUUUUCAUCCUUGCCUACAUCCAUAUUGCCUUCUCCCGCUCGCCCAUCAACUGCCUGGAGGGAGUGAGGGAGCACUGGCCCCGGGACGGCAUCCUCCGCGUGGAGAUCCAGAGGAACUCCAGCCGGCCACCUGUCUUCCUGCAGUUCUUACGCUUGCAGGAGGAGGGCCGAGGAGGGGGGCCCGCCGUUGCUGCGCUCCGUCUGGCAGCGCUGCAAGAGGAAGAGGACGACGAAGACGAGGAGAUGAUGCUGGGAAAGUUUGACAACAGUUCAGUGCAGUUUGAGCUGGACACCGAGCCCCGUCCGGAGCUGCUGGGAGGGGCGGGAGGCAAGGCCAACAAAAGCCAGGACCUUUCCUUCAGUCACUCAGCCAAAGCCUGGCCUCAGGAGGAGUACAUGGUGGAAUAUUCGCUGGAGUACGGCUUCCUGCGGCUGUCGCAGGGCACGCGGCAGAGACUCAACAUCCCGGUCAUGAUCGUCACCCUGGAUCCCACCAAGGACGAGUGCUUUGGCGACAGCUUCAGUCGCUUACUGCUGGAUGAGUUUUUAGGCUACGACGACAUUCUGAUGUCCAGCGUCAAAGCGCUGGCCGAGAAUGAGGAGAACAAAGGCUUCCUAAGGAACGUGGUCUCUGGAGAACAUUACCGCUUUGUCAGCAUGUGGAUGGCCAGGACCUCCUACCUGGCUGCCUUCGUCAUCAUGGUUAUCUUUACUCUGUCGGUGUCCAUGCUGCUCAGGUAUUCUCACCACCAGAUCUUCGUCUUCAUCGCAGCCCAACGCACGAUAUGUUUUCUCUCUGGGUUCGGCACCCGGCUCGUCUCAGUGGACCUCCUUCAGAUGUUGGAGAUGAACAUGACCAUCGCCUUUCCGGCAGCACCCCUGCUCACUGUCAUCCUCGCCCUCGUCGGUAUGGAGGCCAUCAUGUCUGAAUUUUUCAACGACACCACAACAGCCUUUUACAUCAUCCUCAUUGUGUGGUUAGCCGAUCAAUAUGACGCCAUCUGCUGCCACACCAACACCAGCAAACGCCAUUGGCUGAGGUUCUUCUAUUUGUAUCACUUUGCCUUCUACGCAUAUCAUUACCGCUUCAACGGCCAAUACAGCAGCCUGGCGCUGGUCACGUCCUGGCUCUUCAUCCAGCACUCCAUGAUCUACUUCUUCCACCACUAUGAGCUGCCCGCUAUCUUGCAACAGAUCCGCAUCCAGGAGAUGCUCCUGCACAACCAGCAGGCAGGUAACGCCAACCAGACUGCACUGCAGGACAGCCUCAACAACAACAACGCCACCGCCGGGCUGCAACCGCCACUGGCGGAGCCCGCCGAUGCCCGGCUCGCUCCUGUCUCCUCAGUCGUUCUCCGGCCGCCGCCCGAAAGUCCAGCAGCGCCGGCCUCCACCAGCGAGGUCCGCUCUGAGCUCAACUGGGUUGCACAGACGGCUGCCAUCAUCACUGAAGCGCUGGCAUCCUCCGGCCAGGAAGGCCCUGCCGAUGUCAGCCAUGCGGCCGACUUGUGGUUGGCCGAAGCCAGCCGAGAGGGGGGGCCAGGCGAAGAAAGCCAGCGUACGGUCGGGGAGGCAGGAAGCACCACCGCUGUGACCCAAACAGACUGCAGUGCGCAGCAAAGCACCACCUGCACAUCUUGAGGUGCUGGCCAAAGCGGGAGACGCCAAUCAUCACCAGCUGCAGGCUGCUGAUGAUUAGCUCCAAUAUGAGCAACAUCAUCAUCAAUAAACACACAUUGAAAUGG